AUGCCAAUAAGUGUGCAAUUCAAUAAUUAUGUAUAUACUGUAUCUACUGUAUCUGUGUAUGUACUGUCCCUAAGUGCUGAUGUCCUUCAUGAGUACAAGUUACAAGCUCCACGCAUCCACAAGUAGAUUAUCCUACACUACAGCCCUUUUAAGGCUCUAUGGGACUGGAUUAUUCUGUUACUGGUUAUCUACACAGCCAUCUUCACACCAUACUCAGCAGCUUUCUUGCUAAGUGAUGAGGAUGAGGCUGCCAGGCAGUGCUGUGAAUACUCCUGCAGUCCCCUAAAUGUGGUGGAUCUCAUCGUAGACAUAAUGUUUGUUAUUGAUAUCGUUAUUAACUUUUGCACAACUUAUGUCAAUACCAAUGACGAGACGGUCAGCCAUCACAGACGGAUUGCUGUCUAUUACUUUAAAGGCUUGUUCCUCAUCGAUCUGGUGGCUGCCAUUCCCUUUGACCUGCUUAUCUAUCACUCUGGAGAGGAAACAACCACUCUGAUUGGUUUGCUCAAAAAAGCUCGGCUGCUGCAAUUAGUACAUGUGGCCCGCAAAUUGGACCGAUACUUAGAGUAUGGCGCAGCAGUGCUCUUCCUUCGUUCAUCUCAAAUUAGUUGGCUACACUCACUGGGAGAACAACUUGGCAAACCUUGUAACGAGACAACUCCAGCAUCUGGACCAACCAUUAAAGACAAAUAUGUCACUGCACUUUACUUUACCUUCAGCAGUCUGACAAGUGUGGGCUUUGGGAAUGUCUCACCAAACACCAACUCUGAAAAGAUCUUCUCAAUUUGUGUUAUGCUCAUUGGUGCACUAAUGUAUGCCAGUAUCUUUGGGAAUGUGUCAGCUAUUAUCCAGAGACUUGACUCUGGAACUGCUCGCUACCACACUACAGGUGCAGGAAUUCUAGAUGCUAUGGAUGCGAGAAUUCAUCCUCUUCCACCAGAUGAGUACUUCCAACAUGCUUGGUCCUACACCAAUGGCAUUGAUAUGGAUGCUGUGCUUAAGGGUUUUCCAGUAUGCCUGCAAGCAGACAUUUGUCUGCAUCUGAACUGCAGUUUGCUACAGAAAUGCAAAGCUUCCAAAAGCUCCACCUAAGGCAACUUACGUGCUCUAGCCAUGAAAUUUAAGACGACCCAUGCCACACCAGGAGACACUUUGGUCCAUGCAGGCGAUGUCAUUUUACUCCUUUACUUUAUCUCCAAAGGCUCCAUUGAAAUCCUGAGGGGAGAUGUUGUAGUAGCCAUUCUGGGUAAGGAUAAUUUAUUUGGCAUUAUCCCCAUUAAUUUGUACAAACAACCCGGGAAGUCGUGUGCUGAUGUCAGAGCACUGACCUACUGCGAUCUGCACAAGAUCCAGAGCGAAGAUGUUCUGGAGGUGCUGGACAUGUAUCCAGAAUUCUCAGAUUGCUUGGAGAUCACCUUCAGUCUUAGAGAUGUAUGUACCUAUGCUGAAAAUGACAGUUUUUAA